AUGGUCCUAUUUUCUCCUAACACUGCGGACAUCGGAGCUCUUGCAGGCGGCACCGUUUGCCCCGUAAAUAAUCUUUACACUAUUGGAGAAUUGGUCUCGGUGCUGAAAUCUUCUAGAGCCAAAGCUUUGACGACGCACUUGGGCUGCCUCGAAGUAGCUCGAGAAGCUGCUCUCGUCGUGGGAUUGCCUCUUAAUCGUAUUAUACUCAUCGGAGGGCCUAACACGAAGGAAAUGACGAAACAUUUUUCGUCGCUACGAGAUUCAUCAAGUGGAGGAGAAAAGGUGUCGAUAAAUCCUAAAGAGGACCUGGCAUUCUUGGUAUAUUCGUCUGGGACUACGGGUCUUCCGAAAGGAGUUAUACUCUCGCAUAAGAAUAUCGUCGUCAACAUUUUGUAG